UGUUAGGAACCGUCCGUUGGUGUGUCCCGGAAUAGCUUCACCUGCACUUACUUCGGAUCCUCUUCACUCCGAACUAUAUUGCCUUCAAACACAGGGAAUGCCUGUAUCUCAUUCCCCUCUCACCUAGGAAAUAUAACAGACCACAUCCCACCAUCCCCAUACUUCCCCCUCACCCAUCCAACCAUCAAACCACCACCCCUCCAGCCCGCCAACAUGAGCAUCCCAAGCCUCCACAUCAACGACCAAAGCCCCAUAGAGGAGCACCCCCGCGACAAAGACCUGACUCGCAAAUCCCUCCACCAGAACAUCUUCGGCAAGCUCCGUCCCCUCCCCUUCCAAUACCACUGGACAGUCUGGUACGACCGACACACCGACAACCCAGACACAGACUACGACUCCCGUCUGUAUGUCCUGCACGAAGACGUCGCCGACAUCGCCACCUUCUACCGCGUCUACAACAACUACCCAUGGGACAAGAUCCGGCUGCGCGACACCGUGCAUAUCUUCCGGAAGGGCGUGAAGCCCGUCUGGGAGGACCCGGAGAAUCGCAACGGAGGGUGCUGGCGCUUUCGCGUGCCGAAGAGUAAAGCCCAGGCUUUCUUUCAUGAGAUUACCAUCUUGUGCAUGGCAAAUGAGUUUCAGGCUGUGUUGGAGAAGGAACACGACCACGUCCUCGGCGUCUCCACCUCCAUCCGCUUCAACACGCAUCUCAUCUCCGUCUGGAACAAGCUCGGCUCCAACGAACGCUCCAUCAAGGCUCUCGAACAAACCAUUCUCGAUCGUCUCUCCCCGGAACUCAGACCCACCGGGACCGGCUCCAACGCUUACUUCUAUAAACGGCAUGAUGAGAAUGAUGGGUUCCAGGAGGCGGUGGAGAAGAGUAAGACGUAGGUAGUCACUCUUCUGUUGCUUGGAGGGUUGCUACGUUGUUGUUAGCUGGUCGAAGC